CUGGUCCUCGGGAGCUGCCGCGCGCUGGAGGUGGCAAAUGAUACGGUGACUAGCCUGCCCGGGGCCACCGUCACCCUAAUCUGCCCUGGGAAGGAAGCAGAAGGCGAUGUCACCAUUCAGUGGGUGUACUCUGGCUCACAACACAGACAGUGGACCACCAAGGGGAACACACUGCUUCUGAGGGCCGUGCAGCUCGAUGACACUGGGAACUAUUUAUGCUUCCUGGAUAACCACCUGCUUGGGACUGUGCCUUUGCUGGUGGAUGUUCCUCCAGAGGAGCCUAAGCUCUCCUGCUUCCGGAAGAACCCCCUUGUAAGUGCCACUUGUGAGUGGCAUCCAAGCAACACCCCCUCUCCAACGACCAAGGCUGUGCUGUUUGGAAAGAAAAUCAACAAAACCAACAUGAAGAAUGACUUCCAGUUACCCUGCCAGUAUUCUCAGAAGCUCAAAAGCUUCUCCUGCCAGGUGGAAAUUCUAGAGGGUGACAAAAUUUACCACGUAGUGUCACUGUGCGUCUCAAACAGUGUGGGAAGCAAGUCCAGUGCCAACGUUGCAUUUCAGAGCUUAAACAUGGUGAAGCCUGACCCACCUAUGAAUCUUGUGGUGUCGGCCAUACCUGGAAAGCCUCGAUGGCUUAAGGUCAGCUGGCAAGACCCCGAGUCCUGGGACUCAAGUUUCUACAUGUUGGAGUUUGAGCUUCGAUACCGACCUGUAUGGUCAAAGUCAUUCACAGUGUGGCUGCUCCCGGUGGUCCAGCAUGAGUGCAUCAUCCGUGAUGCCUUACGAGGAGUGGAGCAUGUGGUUCAGCUCCGUGGAAGGGAGGAGUUUGGGACUGGCCAGUGGAGCGAGUGGUCCCCGGAGGUCACGGGCACUCCUUGGAUAGAGCCCCAGAACACUUCCGCAGGGAUCCUUGGGAACCCCACACAGGUCCCAGAUGAAGAUGACGGCAAUGAGGAGGAUCCGUCCAGAUAUUCUGUAAAAGCAACAAGCAUUCCGGCUUCAGCGCAAGAAUCCUCCUCCGUAUCAUUGCCCACAUCCCUGGUGGCUGGAGCAAGCCUGGUGUUUGGGUUGCUCCUCUGUGUCUUCAUCGUUGUGAAGCUCAAGAAGACUUGGAAAUCCCAGGCUGAGAAGGAAAGCAAGACAAGCUCUUCCCCGCCAUAUACCUUGGGACAGCUGAAGCCGAACUUUGUACUGGUUCCUCUCCUCACCUCAGCAGGGUCCCACAACCGCUCUAGGCCUGACAACACCGUAAGCCACAGUUGCCUGGGUGUCAGGGACCCACAGAGCCCUUUUGACACCAGCAACAGAGACUACUUAUUCUCCAGAUAGUCGUCUGGAUGGUACCUGGCAGCUGGCACGGUAUCAAACCAACACACAUGCUCCUCACUGCCAUUCCAGUUCACCUGGUCGGGGGUGGGCGUGGGUGGGGCUGAAGCUUCCCUUUCCUACAAGAGCCUUGCAGAAGGUUCGGAAUGGGUGAAGACUGGUAUACUGCAUAUGCUCCUAAGGAAGGGGCUGUGAGGGACACAGGCCACCAUGAAGAGACCUGCGACCACUCUGGAUAGAAGUGCUUGUCUUCUACAUACUGAUAGCCUUCACAAGCUGCACCCUCAGGACAGCCUCAGGUAGGGGUGCCACAGGUUGCCCCAGUUGCCUAGCUUUGGCUCACUCUCCCAACUGACCUUGUAGCUUGAACUCUUAAAAUCCAAGUACCUUUGACAUUCUCUUUUCCUGGGCCACUAAGGCUGAGGAGGAAGCCCGUUCCUACUUUCCUUCUCACUACCUGGAAAGCCACUGGGAAAGCAGCUGGAAGUCCCGGUUGUGGUGGCUGAUAACUCAGGGCCUGAUGGUUUUAGGUGAAAUGGCAAUUUCUCAUAAACAUUUUUCAAAUGUGAACGAUAAUCCUAGGCACUGCUGACUGCAGAAGUUUUAUUUUCUUCUUUGAUCUCAGGACUUCAAGAGAAGCAGGGUGGAAGUAGGGGAAGGACCGGUAUCCACUGUCCCUGUUGUAGAUGAGGGGACACAGCUUCUGAAAACAUGUUUUCUGUACCCCCUACUCUCUGGGGGGAGGGAAUGGUGUUAGCGAGGACUUCCGCCAUGGCAGAUAGUAUAAUUACUUUACUCCAGCCUUGCCCAUACUGGUUUCAACUGGACCUGAGCGAUUAGGAAAGACGAUCUUCAUGUAAAAAGAAAACUGAACUAGCAAGAAUGCAUUUUCAUUUUGCUUUGUACAAAACUGUUGCCUGAGCCAGGUGUUGGUAGUGCACGCCUUAAAUCUCAGCACUUGGGAGGCAGAGGGAGAUGGAGGCAGUUCAAGGCCAGCCUGGUCUACAGAGUUCCAGGACAGCCUCCAAAGCUACACAGAGAAAAAACCAAACAAACAAAGAAAGGAAACUGUUUCUGCACUAGCACUCACUGUGUAGGAACCACCACCCUUGGGGUGGGGGGAGUGGGGUAACAGUAACUUUGUUUAGUCCAAAAGCCAAGUCAAGUGAAAAUCGAGAAAAAUGACUGUUUUCUGUAACAGAAAAGACUUUGGUUUCGUUUUGUAUCUUGUUUUUUGUCUUAAAAAGUAUAAAAAUAGUCUGUACUCAGCUUCAGGGAAUGAAUGCUCGCCAGGCUUAGGAAGAAGCGUGUCCGCUUCCUGUGACACCUCAUUGCCACUGUGGCCUUCCUCACUUUGCAGAGUCCCUGCAUUCAGUACCCACACAAGCACUGGAUACCUCAGCCGCUUUCCCCUGGGGCUUUGAGAACUCAGUGAUGUUAGUGGUCACCCAGGAGACCAGAGUGUGCUGUGAUUAAAGUGAGUUUUGCAAUCAUUAACCCCCACAUUUACCAAAUCCCAACACUUCCCUAGUAUUUUACCUUUCAGAAAAUGCUACCACCAUGGAACAGGAGGUGGAGUAGGGAAGCUAUCCUGCUGUCUGUCCCACAGCCCCAAGGUGCCCCUGUCUUAAGCAGGUGGUUAUUUUCUUUCUGGGCUUUUUAUGUUUCAGAGCCUGUUGCUGUCUUAGAAAAAGGUUUAUAAGUUGACAAAAACCAGGCAGGUAUUCAUGUUUUUUGUUUUUUGUUUUUUUUUUUGUUUUUUUUUGUUGUUGUUGUUUUGGUUUUUUUACCCUUCUUUGUUAAGUUUCUGGGACUCGAGAGUAGCAAAAAUGCUGUGAAAGGGGAAUAUUAGAAAUAGUGAUCUGCAGGGGAUAGGUGACUGUGCCCACACACGAUUCUUCAGUUCUUCACAUGGCUUUGCCUGAAUGCUGUUACCAAAGCCAGGCAGGGCAAGCUGGUGGAAGAUUGAAAUCCAGAUAGCUCAUUAUCUCUGAAAGUUAAAUAGCUUUGAUCUCCAAGUUGUUAUUGCUUUCACUAUUAUUAUGACAGGAUACCCACCCCCCCUACUAUCAAAGGAUGCAUUUUCCUUUUGACUUUUAAUAAGCUAAUGUCAAUGACGUCUGUUUCCUCUGAUCCCCAGCUUUGCUCAGGGCACACCUCAGCUGCUUCUGGCCUCAAAUCUGUGAUUGCUGAAUGUAUCUCCAUCCUUGGGUCAUUCUGACUGGAGUUUCUGCAGCCCACAGGUCGUCACUCACUGCACACCUGCUGUUGGCAACUGGGCAGCCAGAUGUGGAGGGUUUAGACAGAUGGUUUAAAUACGACCUUUACUGCACUGUAGGGAGAGGAGAGCGCCUACCGGCUCAAGUUCAAAGUGAUCUUUGGUUCUUAUGGCAUUCUCGAAUAGCUUUAAAGCAUGUCAAGGGAGUAUCAUUGGCUGUGCACCUGUGAUGUUUGGUGACUGAAUGCUUUUUUUUCUGCGGGCAUUGUCUUUGCAGAGUCUCACCUAGAUGUGCACUUUGCCACAUCCUCAAUGUCUUGGGAGAAAGGAAACCGGUGUGCGGUUUAUUGCUGGAGCCAGUGUGGAGCAGAGCCCAGCAGGGUGGGCCAGGGUUGGGCAUACUAUGCAGAUUUAAGGAAUGCUUGGGUUUGCCUAGGUCCUUUUUUCCCUAGCAGUUCCUAGCAGGCUGACCUAGUUGGGGAGGCUUCCUACACUAGGAAUGGAGGAGGUGGAGGUGAUGAGAAACCUAUCUUCAUUUGGAGAAACAGGGUCAUCCCAAGAACCUUUUCCAUGCUACAGCCUACAGUGAGGCUGUGGCUGGAGGAGACAGGCCAGCUGACUCGGGUCCUAGGGCUGGCGCUGGGGAGAGUGCCAAAGGUCUUUCCAGCUACCAGUCCCAGUGUGGUUGGGUGCCAAUUCCUGGGAGUUUCUAUGACAACCUUAACGCUUAUUAGGGAACACUGUCAGUUUUGUGAACAUAUGCUCAGAUGGAGAGCUAGUUUGCAGGGAAAGGGCUGGUACAGUGUGUAGCAAGCUGGAAUGGACGGAGAGACUUUCUUGGCUAGAGAUCAUAUCCGUUAAGCAGAAUACCUCAACGCUACAUGUUUUUGUUUUUGAGACAAUGUUUUUAAGGUUUUUACCCCUGUGUUGCCUGCAAACUGAUACCCACGCCGUUUUUGCAAGCAUAUAAUAUGUUUUUCAAAGUUUUAUAUGUUUUUUUCAUUGCUUUUUUUUUGGAGCCACUGUUUGCUUUAAAGUGAAAAUUGUAACUGUUUGAAAUAAAUACUUUCUAAACUGCA